CAUAUUUGCUCAGAUCUAGAGUAAUCAAAAUGUCUGAGGAGAAUGCUGCUACUAAUCUAGAGAAAUCAGCCGUGGAUGAGAGGAUUGAUAAGUUGGAAGCUACAAUGCAAACUAUGGCUGAUACUCUUCAAACUAAUCAGUCUCACUUUGCACUAGCCUCAUACCCACCGUUUGAGAUGAACAACCCUACCUUGCCCACAACCACACCUCUCACCCUUAACAUACCACCUUUGAUGGGACAAGUUCCAGCUAUUCAACCCAACCCCUUGGUUGUGAUGUUAAGGCCUGCUUUUGAGGAUGGGAAGUCAAGAGAGGUUGAUCACAAGCUGCAACAGUUAGAAGAGGCUUUGAAGGCUAUGCAAGGGCCGCAAGCUUAUGGUUCCAUUGAUUUGGAUGAUCUUUGCUAUUAUUCGGGAAUUUAGACAAAUUUCAAGUUCCAGUAGCCAGAUUUUGACCAGUAUGAUGGCUCAGGUUGUCCUUAUGCCCACUUGUAGAUUUAUGCUAGAAAGAUGGCACCUUAUGCCAAUGAUGAGAGGGUGCUCAUUCAUUAUUUUC